CGCCCGACAACUGGCGACUAGUACAUAGAAAACGAAGAUCGCUUUAUGCUUUUUGGACAGUAUAAAUAAAAAGUUAUGCAGAGGCGAUUUUUUUUUUAAUAUUAUUCUUAGAAGAAGCACUGGUGAGUUUGAAUUUCUUCAAUCUCACGCACCAUAAUCUCGGAAUCAGCCGAUGUGGCCUUAACCGUUUUCUUGUUUAACUUGCGUUUUUGGUGACAUCGUACGGAGAUUAGCAAAGCUUUAAACUAUCUAUACUGCAACGGCAUAGUGAGUGUGAGGAAGAAGGGGAAAAAUCUUUUUUUUUUUGAACCCAUCACUCCCUUUUGUUUACCCCCACACCUAAACCCUAACUAAAUUCUCUGUAUUCCGUUUCUAGCUUCUCAAUCAGGGAGAGUCUUGUCAAGUGUAAACAAAUUCAUCUGCAUGAUAUUGCAUGGAUUUGGAGGAUAGAUGUCAUCCCAAAGGUUAGAUCAUCCAUUUUUUUGAGGUUGCAUAUAUUUCUCUUGAUGUGACCUGGGAUUUGGCGAGCUGCUCUUGCCUCUUCAUUGAACUAAAUAAAUUGGAAUAAAGCUGUAGUAGUGACAUUACUCCGUAAGUAGGUAUGUUCAAGCUAUAUAUCAUUAUCAUUACCCCAGUGCUGCAAAGGCUCCCACCUACGGUAGGGUAAGGGGGGUCGGAUGUACGUAGUCUUACCCCUGUACUAAAGCACAGAGAUACUGUUUCCGGAUGACCCAUGGAUGUUCAAGCUAUAUAUAUAUGUCAAAAUUUAAAUCAAUGACUUGAUGUGUUCAGAGUUUUCGGUCUUCCAGAUUGCUCCUUCAGGUCCUUUGAGGAGCCAUGUGACUAAGCAGGGUAGCCUUAACUGAUCUUCGGCUCUUCGCCUUGCAUAUGCAAUCUAUGACCUAAAACGGAAAGACGCUUAAGAUUAUGUAUCUGUCUACAGAGUACAAAGCCAUGAUACAAGUCAUGCACACUCUUCAUAGAGUGUCCACUCAGCAGUCUUUGCGCAAGGAAUCUAGCCCAAUAUGAUGUGAACUUGGAUUCUUGAUCCAGAUGAAACCAUAUGGAUGGGUAUCAAUUGGUUCAUUGAAUGGAGUCGAAAUGUCACUUGUUUGAUACUCAAAAAUAAAAGCAAAGGAAGUUGGAACUUGAAGUGAUCCAGUAAGAAGUCCAUUAUCACUAAAAGAUUCAAUUCAAGUCCAAGAAUGUUUGAACAACCCUCAAAGUUGAGCAAGAAAUUGCAGAAGACUCAGGAGCCAAAUACAACAUCACCUAGCUCGAGGGAACAUCUAUCAAGAAAGCACCAAAGGAAGGGGGGUAAUCCUCUCCGAAUACCACCACCAACCAACCAGUCUGUAAAUUUUAAACUCCCUCAAUCAUGGAUCUGCAGGAAUUCUGCAUGUCAAGCAAGUAUAUCAAUGGAUGAGAAAUUCUGUAAGAGGUGCUCUUGCUGUAUUUGCCACUUGUUUGAUGAUAAUAAGGAUCCAAGUCUUUGGUUGGAAUGCAUGCGGGUCCCUGGUGAUGGAAAGUCAUGUGGCUUAACUUGCCACAUUGAGUGUGCCGUCAAACAAGGGAAGGUGGGGGUUGUGAAUCUUGGACAGCUAAUGCAGCUUGAUGGGAGCUACUGUUGUGCUUCGUGUGGUAAUGUUUCUGAUAUAUUAGGUAUUUGGAAGAAGCAACUUUCCAUGGCAAAAGAUGCUCGUCGUGUGGAUAUCCUAUGCUUUAGACUACAUCUGAGUUACAGGCUCCUGGAUGGGACUUCCAGAUUUCAAGAAUUGCAUGAUAUUGUUAAAGAAGCUAAGGAAAGACUAGAAAAAGAGGUGGGCCCUGUAAAUGGAAUUUCAUCCAUGAUGGCACGUGGCAUUGUUAGUAGACUUUCUGUUUCAGGUGCUGUGCAAUCUCUUUGCUCUCUUGCCAUUACAAAAGCUGAUGUUUGGCUAGCCAAAAAGCAUACUGCUGUGCCUAACUACAAAGGGUGCUUACUCCCAAUAGCCUGCAAAAUCCUUUUUGAAGAAGUGACACUGUCUUCAGUUGUAAUUGUAUUGUUAGACCCAUUGGCUGCAUCAUCGGUAGAAGUCAGAGGGUACAAAAUCUGGUACUGUAGGGCUGGAUUAGAGACUUACCUCAACGAACCUAAUUGUGUCAUUCCGAAAAGCCAGACAAGCAUUUUGAUAUCUAAUUUGCAGCCAUCCACCGAGUACACGUUUAGGAUUGUGUCUUAUACAGCGUCUGGUGACUUGGGACACACCGAGGCAAAUUGUUUCACAAAGUGUGUAGCACAAGACCACAAUAACCCUUCUGGCCAGCUUGACUUAAAUGUUGCAUUAAUCCCUGAUUUGAAUGAAGAGUUGAGUCAGUUAAUAACCACUGUAUCCUCUCGGGAUGAACCAACUGUUGAUCUAGUAGAAGAUGCUAUCUCGAAGGACAAUGACGGGAACUGCAUUGCUCAGCCACAUGAUUGGGCCCACACACAGAAUGGGGAUGUGACAACUGUCGACUCUCAACUGGUAGGGGGGAGUAGGAAAAGGACGGCUAGCACCACCUGUGAGGCACAGGACUCAGACAGUGGUCUGGUAAGUAGUGAAUCGCCAGUCCAAGUACUCCCCAGCAACAAUAAUUCAGGCCUGCUGGACGAGAACUUUGAGCAUUGCGUGAAAACAGUUCGUUGGCUUGAAUGUGAGGGUCACAUCAAGAAUGAGUUCAGGUUAAAGUUUCUUUCUUGGUUUAGCUUGAGAUCCACGGAGCGGGAGCGUAGGGUUGUCAAUACCUAUAUAAAGACUCUUAUUGAUGAUCCGAGUAGCUUAGCUGGACAGUUAGUCCACUCUUUUUCAGAAAUCAUUUCCAGCAAAAGGCCCAACCGAGGUUUUUGCAGCAGGCUCUGGCAUUAAGUUGGUCAUAAUUACAUUGUUGAAUAUUGUAUUGCCAGUUUUCCGUGCAACAAGCGUGCAUGAUUCAUUCAUUCAUAUACUACAUGUUGGUCGAGAUGAAAAAAACCAAGGGAUUGUUAGGUGCAUUUGAGACUUUCUCCAAAUGGAAACUUUAGAUGGAUGGAGUUAUAUACCUUAGUAUUGUUUUGUUGUUUUCAAACGAAUUGAUUACUGCUUUUGUAGCAGGGAAAGCUAUUUCAUCUAUUUCAUUAAUGUGCCCUUG